AUGAAUUGCACUUAUCAUAUCAAAAGUCCAAUAUCUUUGAUAUGUAUAGCUCCUCAUAAGUGCUAAUGCUAAAGGAAACUUUGUGUUGAAUGCCUAUAUGGACAUGGAGUGGAUUUGAAAUAUACAGUUCCUAUUGGAAUAUUUUAAGAAAUGGCAAUGAAGAAAUUAAAAGACUCCAAGCUAAAUGAUACAUCUGAACUAACCAAAUAGAGGGUGGCCUUUAAAGCCAUCCUCACACAAACCGAAUAAAUGAUGAAGAAAAUUUGGGAAGAAUUGUCACAAUCUAUCAAAUAAGUAUAUGAUUAGAUCGAAAAGGAAAACUAAUCAUACUUAAACCUCAUUAAUGAAAACACCAAUCUAGCUGAAUCCUCUUACAAUGAUAUAGAAAAAUUAGUAAACAUUGUAGAAGGAUCGACUUUAAAUGAUUGGAAUGUUGAGAAGAAUUCUUACAUGAUAGAAUUAGAUAAGACCAUGAGCUGGUGGGACCAAUAUAUAAAGGCUAUUAUUGAGAAGUCUAACUAAGGAAUCCAAUAGAUUCAAUCAUUAAUCGAGUAAGUAAUGUAAAUAUUAUCUCUAGGGAGGAUGAUGAAGAAAUUUACUAAAUGAAGGAAGAUCUUUAUGAGAUGUUCCCCUACAUUUAGGAUAUAGAUGAAUCUCUCUAUUAGAAAAUUCUUGAAAUACUUAGAAAAGAGAAAGUUUAAGACAUUAUUGGAUACCUGUCGAAAAAAAAGAUCAGAAGGAUUAUGAAUCUUUAAUAAAUAACUAAAAGAAUAUAAAGGAUGUAAAGAAGCAAGUAAUAAAAUCACAAAUGUCAUGAGAAAUAUUGCGGAUCAUAAAUUUAGUAAGGAUGACUAUUCUUCAGAGAAUUAUGAAAAGGCAAGAUAAGAUCUAAUAUAGAAGUUGAAAGAUAAUAAAGGAAUCAUUGAUUUUAUUAAUUUUUUUGUUCUACUCACAAGCUUAGAUGUUAAAUUUAUUCAAUGUGGAUCCAAUGGUUUUAAUUUAAUAAUAGACAUGAAGGUUGAUAUCAGAAACCAAUUAUUUGAGAAUAUAAGGAUCAAGAAUACUUCUUUAAUUGGAGGUAAUUUUGUAAGGUGCGAUAUGAAUGGAUCUCAGUUUGAUAAUGUAGAUAUAUGUGGAAUGAAUUUGAAUGGUGCUUAGUUAUUCAAUUGCAAAUGGAAGAACUUGAAAAUCCAUGAGUUGAAUAAAUUAGAUGGUCAUCUGUUUCUCUCCUGAUGGAAAUACAUUAGCUUCUGGUAGUUAUGAUAACUCUAUCCGUCUAUGGGAUGUCAAAACAGGAUAAUAAAACGCCAGAUUAGAUGGUCAUACUAGUGGUAUAUUGUCAGUCUGUUUCUCCCUUGAUGGAAAUACAUUAGCUUCUGGUAGUUAUGAUAACUCUAUCCGUCUAUGGAAUGUCAAAACACGAUAAUAAAAAGCCAUAUUAAAUAGUCAUACUAAAGGUAUAUUUUCAGUUUGUUUAUCUCCUGAUGGAAAUACAUUAGCAUCUGGUAGUGAAGAUAACUCUAUCCGUCUAUGGGAUGUAAAAAUAGGAUUAUAAAAUUCCAUAUUUGAUGGUCAUACUAGGGGUAUAUUGUCAGUCUGUUUCUCUCCUGAUGGAAAUACAUUAGCUUCUGGUAGUGAUGAUUAGUCUAUCCGUCUAUGGGAUGUCAAAACAGGAUAAUAAAAAGCCAAAUUAAAUGGCCAUUCUAGCAUUGUCAACUCAGUCUGUUUCUCUCCUGAUGGAACUUCAUUAGCUUCUGGUAGCAAUGAUAACUCUAUCCGCCUUUGGGAUGUAAGGACAGGAUAAGAAAUCAAAUACUCUGAUAAAAGCUACAAGGAUGUUCUUGCAUUAUUUAAGAUUCCACUCCACUAACAUAGCCAUAUUUCCGAAAGUAGUAUUUAUAUCCUAUCAUUUUUUUAGCCUCCUAUUACAUCACUACACUACUUAUAUCUCAAAAAGCAAUAUUUCAAGCCAAAGGAGCUUUAAUUCUGAAAGGAGAGUUUAUAAAUCAAUCCGGUAU